CCGCCCGCAGCACGGCGGCGGCGGCGGCAGGAGGGAGGGAGGGAGCGCGGCUCGGAGCGGUGCCCACAGCCGGCCCCGGCCGGGCCGCGCCGCCGCUCCGCCACCACGUUGCCAGGGAGGAAAAGGCAAAGUCACAGGCAGUGCCGCUUUCUUCAAGCUGAGAUGUUGAGACAAAGCACCUCUGACCCUGUCCUGUCCUUUCUCUCCAUCCCUUUCCGCCGUUUGUUUGUGAGGGAGUCCUUCCCCUGCCACUCCUAUUCCGGAGCCGCCGGCCGCAGCCCCCGCUGCUCUCAGCCCUUCUGGGGAAAAAUGCACUGAAAUGGGAGCUUGGCCAGAGCAUGGCUGACAGUGACCUUUGCCUGGACUCUGAUGGACUCCAACGCAGGACUGCAUUACCAUGGUGAUGAUCUUAACCAAAACUCGGGAAAACAAAGGUGCUGACUCUGUAACAUGCAGGACUGAGCUGCACACUCCAAAGAUGAGUCAAGGACCUACCCUCUUCUCUUGUGGCAUUAUGGAAAAUGACAGAUGGGGAGACCUCAGCAGGAAAUGUCCACUGCAGAUUGAGCAGCCGGGCACCAGCAUCUGGGACUGCCUGGCCGACAAGGGCGAGGAGGGCACGCUGUGGCCACGGGAAGCCACCAGCACCUGCUCGGUGACCAACCUCAUCAAAGAGCUCAGCCUCAGCGAUCCUCACAGCAGCAACCCAUCGGCGCCGCCCAGCAAGCGCCAGUGCCGCUCGCUGUCUUUUUCGGAUGAAAUGUCCAGCUGCAGGACAUCAUGGAGACCUUUGGGCUCCAAGGUCUGGACACCGGUUGAGAAGAGGCGGUGUUACAGCGGGGGGAGCGUCCAGCGCUACUCCAACGGCUCGGCCACCAUGCAGAGGAGCUCCAGCUUCAGCCUGCCGUCCCGCUCCCAUCCUCUGGCCUUGUCCUGUGACCACCGUGCGGGCUGCCCGCCGAGGAGAUCGGGGGCUGGAGGUGACAGCUGGAGCCCUGAGGGCGGCCGGGCGGACAUGCAGCGCUCCCUGUCCUGCUCUCACGACCGCUUCUCCUCCUCGGAGCCCGGCCCGCCCUCAGCCAGCAGCACGCCGGCCUCCACACCGCAGCUGGGCCGCCGUGCUGGUGGGCUGUGCCGCAGCCGCUCGCAGCCCUGUGUCCUCAAUGACAAGAAGGUGGGCGUCAAGCGGCGCCGGCCCCAGGACGCACAGGAGCCGCGGCCAUCACUGGACCUGGCCAAGAUGACACAGAACCGCCAGACCUUCAACAGCCUUAGCAGCCUUAGCAACGCAGCAGAGGACAACGCCCAGCGGCUCCCCACCACCCAACCAUGGACCACAGCCCCCCACUCCCCGGAGGUGAUGCCGGGCAGGACCCCCGCCUGCACCCCAGUGCCAGAGCCACGCACACGGGGCGAGGAGCGCGGGGCGAGCCGGGACGACCUGUCCUGUGAGGAGUCCGAUGAGGGUGGUGGGAAGGAGGAGGAUGGGACCCCGUGGCAGGGCAGUGGGGCGGGCACCCAGAGCCCCUUCCAGCUGGAUGGAGAAAUAGACAUCGAGCAGAUUGAAAACAACUGAGGACGCGGGGCUCAGCGUGGCUGGGGUCUGGGGCUCGCAGUGGGGAAGGGUCCCCUGGGGGUCAGCGUGGGUUGUGCCGUGCUGCCUGCGUCCCCCUGCCAGCUGGAGGGGAUGAAGCAGCUUUGCCAAAAUUUCAUCAGGUAUUUAGAGCAAUUUUGUGUGUGUGUGUGCGUGUGUGUGUGUAAAUCUUGAAAUUCUUUGUAACUACUGUAGCCAGAUAUCAGCUAGUUUGGGAAAACCGCCUGUCAGAACUUGGAGACCAGAGGGAUGGGGAUCACCAAACAACGCUCAUCCAUCAGUGAGAAAACUACUUCUGCAAAUGUAGGAUCGCAGCUGAUGGAUCCAGCCAUGGCUUCCAGUUCACACAUGUGCUUGUUUGGAAAGCAAAAGGAAAAAAAAAAAAAAACAUCCCCGGGGAGGACUGGAAAACUGGGGGAAGGAAGAGAAGUCAGCUGAGAUUGCCAACCGUGUAGUGGUGAGGCUGGGCUGGUGGUGGGGCAGCUGCGAUGCCCAGAGCCCACACUGAUCCUCUAGCCCCUGGCGGUGCCAUCAAAUGGAAACCACAAUUUUUGCUGAAAUUUAUUGAUGGUAAGAGCUGGAUAUUUUUUUUAUACAGAUUCUUAAUUUUCUUUUUCCCGAUGAGGAUCCAGCAGCGCUCGGCCCCUCGCCAACCAUCGCGCGGCUGCCACACUCUUUUUGCUCUGACUGUGAAGUGGAUCCCUGUCCAAUGCCAUAGGAUUACUUGACAAAAGUAAGCUGUCAAAAUGCUGAAAAUUCAGGUAGCAGCACUGAAAGCUUUUCCUCUCGCUGUGCCUUGUUAAAGCACAGAUAAAGCGGUGACCAUUGCGUUUGUACGAGAUACACUCCUCCAUGAAAUAAGCUGUCUGCUUGCUAACUGGUUUAGAAGGACACAUCCUUAUUUUUUUUUUUCCCCUUUCUUUUGUUUAAACCUCUUGGAAAGCUGUACGUGCGGCUUCCAGCAUCUUCUGCAGGUUCCUUAGGGUUAUUUCCCAAGUUCUGCAAAAGCACAAAGGGAAAAUGAAGUGAUAGAUCCCAAUGGAUCCUAACCCCUUCAGUAGGGGUCCAGCACCCCACUGGGAGUCUGCAAGUCAGAAGAGGCUGAGAGCGGCCAAUGCAGGUUUACUGAUCCCUGCUGUUACAUUACUGCACUUUUCCUGCGGGGUUUUGGGCGUUCCCCCAUCCCAUCCACUCAUAGCUUUACGUCUGCUUGUGGCCGCGGUCAUCUCAGCUCCAUGCAGAGCGGUGCCGGGACCUUCUCCUGUUGGGGAAUCCUCCAUCUCUUUUCAAGUGUCUCUCAAUGUGUUGUUGAAAACAACCCACCCUGGCUGCACACCCCUCGUGGGAGGCCCCCAGCCCAGAGCUGGGUAUGGCUCUAUGAGUCAAGGGCCUUUGGGACGUGGUGUCUGCCGGCCCGUAUCCCCAGGAGCAACGCAACCAUAUUUUGGCUUUGAGUCUUCCUGAUGUCCCAAACCCUCAUAACAGCCCCGGGCUCCCGCAGAGCUCAGGGCACGCUUGCCUAUGCACACGUGGGGCUGUAACAAGGGCUCUUUUCUCCCUCCAAGGGCUGCUACCUAGGACAUGCUCACCCCAUGCAGUAGGACGGUGACCAAGUGGCCGUCGGCUGUACCUGACACAGACGUAGCAUACAGUUUACAUACAGCACAACCCGUUUGCCUUACUAAAGAUGCUUCUCCAAUGAGUAAUGGCCUUAUACCGGGCACAUUAGCUUAGACACAGACUGCAGUGACGGUUUGUAGGCCACAGUGGUGUUCUGUUGGGUGUUUCUCUGUUGGUUUCGUAUGAUUUCAUGUACUUGUUUUCAGUUCGAGAAAGCCUUACUUAAAAAAAAAAAAAAAAAAGGAAAAAAAAAAAUCUCUCUCUGUAGAGGUAAAACAGUUGUGGAUUUAUAUAUAUAUAUAUAUAUAUAUAAAUAAAAAAAAAUUAAAAAUAUUAAAUAUAAUAUAGUACGUGCCUCAGAUCCAGGGGACAUCCUGUUGAUUGUAGUUAGAUGCGGUGCGAGUUCCUUGAGAUCCAUUGCAGCCCAGGGGCUCCCAGGGAUCCACUGGUUGUUAGAGGACCUCACUGGGAACCCUUGCAGCAAAGCCCUGCCAGAACGUGGUAAUGCAGUGCAGGUGGAGGCCUUUGCUUGCAGCUCGCAGGCUCGUGGUUGUGAAGAUGCCCGUGGCUUGUUGAAGGCUUGACCCAAUCCGACAGCUUCAGGAUGACAGCAGGCCAUGGCAUCAGCAAUAAGAUUGCAGCAGUAAGGAAAUAAAGGGUUUGGAUAGAGGAACGCUUAGCACCGGUAACACACGCACGUGUUUCGAGCCUGUUCUAAGGAAGAUUACAUCUUGGACAAAAAGAUGGGAAGAAGUGUUUGUAACAUAGAUUGUAAUUUUUUCACGUUAUAGCAUAGCCUCCUUGGCCAAUACAGUUGUGUUUUCAGUGCUUUGUUUCAAAGCUCCUGGCUGAACAGGAUAACAAACUGAUGUAGGAUAUUCUAGGAUUGUAGCAGUGCUUUACGGAGUUUUAUGUUUUCGAUGUGGAAGAAAUCAAAAGAAGAGGAUGGCCAAAAAAAAAACAAACAAAAACAAGUCAACAACAAAAAAAAAA